AUGUGGCGCGGUGGGGAACUGGAUAAAGACAACCCGCAGCUUCUCACACUCGUUCAUGGCAUAGACCGAAAGGGAAGACCUGUUAUUAGGGCCUACAGGGGCAAUGCUCGCCAUCCAGUCUACCAAGAGUACCAAGAAGUUAUCAACAAAAAUUAUGAAAAAGCUGCAAGACUCUCUCAGUUUUCCAGGGGCUGUGAAUCACCGUUGUACCGUGUAAAUAAUAGUUCUUCCGAUUUAUGUUACUCCGAAUCUAUCAGUGCUAGCACUUCAACGCCAAGAACUCGUGCCAUGUCGCACUGGACUCCGUCUCUCUCUGGAGUUAGAUCACCAACGAUUGUCCCAGAAGUAAAAGGUAUGCAGGCUAUUAUAUCAAGGCUGCGCUCAUCUUUAGCGAUACACGCCGGCCUGGGACCUACGAACAGUGAGGUUAACUUUCUUCCUGUUAUUCCUGUCCGCGUACGAAAACCACCGUCUAGCAACUGCCUGAAGAAUGAACGUCCAACAGGAAACACUGUUCCGAAGAAAAUGGAGUGUGACUCCAUUAAGUACAAUAAUGUAGCUGAAGAAAAAACUUUAUCUUCUUAUACAGAAAGCUGCGGAGGAGGCAAGGGAACUUUUCAUCAAACAAGGAAAGUAAAGAAGCGGAAGAAAAAGAAGACUCUGAGGUCGAAAAAAUUAAAGUCAAAAAUUAAGCCAAUCUCGGCAGACAUGGUCCCGCUUAACUCGAUAAAUUCGAAAUAUUUGUUGUCAUAA